AUCAAAAAUAAUCGGACUGUACACGUAAAUGCAAGCAAAGAAGUGAUUCUGUGCGCGGGUGCUGUCGGAUCACCACAAUUGUUGAUGCUUUCUGGUAUCGGACCAGAGAAACACCUUAUUGAACUAGGCAUUAAAGUUCUCCAAAAUGCGCCAGUCGGCGAGAAUCUCAUGGACCAUCCAGGCUAUUUGGGAUUGUAUUGGACAAUAAAUGCAUCGAAAAGUUUAACAUCAUCCGAAUUGUUUAAUCCUAUUAACCCGUACAUGAUGGAAUUUCUAACAAGUCGAACGGGACCAUGGACGAGUCCGGGAGUAAUCGAAACCAUCGCUUUUAUUAAUACAAAACAACCACAUAAACACAGCGGUCUACCAGACAUCGAAUUUAUGUUUUCUGGUAUUCAACCAAUAAAUUUUAUAAUGAGAAAUUUUAAAGAUGAUCCAUCCCUACGGAUCAAAUAUGGUGAUUGCUAUGGCUGGUACACGAUGCCAAUAUUGUUGAAACCAAAAAGUCGUGGUAGGAUAUCGUUGUUGGCUAAUGACGUCAAUGUUAAACCAGAGAUCGUACCUAAUUAUUUUGAUGAUCCAAACGACGUCAAGACGAUGAUCGCCGGUAUUAGAACUGCCGUAAAAAUUGGUCAAACAAGGACAAUGCAGGCGGUCGGUUCUCAGUUGGUAAACAUUACUUACAUGGAAUGCAAAAAUUACGAGUAUGAUUCUGAUGCUUAUUGGGAAUGCAUGAUAAGAAUACGAUCUAAUACACUCUUUCACCCUUGUGGCACUUGUAAAAUGGGACCACGUGGUGACCCAACUGCUGUCGUUGAUCCUAGAUUAAAGGUCAUUGGUAUUUCAAACUUACGAGUAGUAGAUGCGUCCAUCAUGCCCGAAAUUGUAUCGGCGCACACAAACAUACCGGUUUACAUGAUUGCCGAGAAAGCAGCAGAUAUGAUUAAAAAAAAAUGGAAAUACUUGAAGACGAUGCAAUAGUCAUAAAGUAUUAUUUUAUUAGCUGUUUACUAUCCAGCAAUGAUAUAAACGCAAAAAUUUCAUGUAUUAAUUGUGGUGUAGGGUGGUAAAAAAAUUAGGCCGCCAUUUAAAAAAUAAAGUUGACCUUUGAUCUUAAAAUUUGAUCAUAAUGUCUCCACCUAAGGUCAAAUUGUUUUUAAUAUGUCCUCUUCAAUACCAUAGAAUCUCGCGGAAACAGGUUAAUAUGGUUCCGGAGAAAUUUAAGUAUGUUAAAUUGAAACACUCUGCAUAUACUAAGUAUUUCUGAUCAAU